CGCGGGCAGGCGGGGCGCGAGGGGCGCCGCCGCGUGCUCCGCUAGCGGGGCGCGUGCCGCUGCCGCCGCACGGCGAGCGCGGGGCCGUGACCAUGCUGGGAGGGGACGAGUUCAUCAGCUCCCCGCCCAGGAAGACGGUGCGGUUCGGGGGGACUCUGACGGAGAUCUUGCUGAAGUACGAAAAGGGUGACACCACAGAUUUCGAGUUGUUAAAGCAUCAGCUGUCAGAUCCAGACAUAAAGGAUGCCCAGAUCAUUAAUUGGCUGCAUGAAUUUCGAGCUUCUGUUGUGUAUUUGACCAAAGAACUUGAACAACUGGUCAGCGUUUUGCUGAAGCUGCCAUGGUUGCGAAGAAGCCGAGAAGUGGUGGAGGAAUAUCUGGGUUUUCUCGGCAAUCUCGUGUCAGCACAAACUGUCCAUCUUAGGCCAUGCCUGCGGAUGAUCGUAUCCCAGUUUGUCCCCCCUCGAAUAACCAUCAGAGAAGAUGAUGUGGAUAUUUCAGAUUCUGAUGAUGAUGAUGAAAACCUUUCUGACAACUUUAAUACAUGCCAUAGAGCAUUACAAACUGUUGCAACAUACGUUCCUUCGACACCACAGUUCCUAAUGCCAAUACUUGUGGAAAACUUCCCUUUCAUUAAUAAAUCAGAAAGAACUCUGGAAUGUUAUGUUCAUAACCUGCUACGAAUUACAGUGUACCUUCCAACUCUGAGACUUCCGAUUCUGGAGCUGAUUAUUGAGAAGCUGUUAAAUCUGGAUGUUAGCACUCCGCAACAAGAUAUUGAAGAUGCUGAAGAAACUGCUAAUAACCCUGAUAAUGAGGAAAAAUCUACAGAGGAGGGACUUUUUGACAUGGAGGAAGAUGAGGAAAGAAAAGGAGACAAAACUGUCUCUUCCAGGAGUGAGAGAAUGGCCCAUCCGCUUGCGGAGUGCCUGGAUGUUUUGAUGACCAUCCUGUUCUCCUAUAUUAAAGAUGUUUGCCACGUGGGUGGCAAGCUUGACAUCGACAGAACAAAAGACUUGUAUCGGGAUCUGGUUUCUGUUUUCGACAAGCUCAUUUUGCCAACUCACGCUUCAUGUCACGUACAGUACUUCAUGUUUUACAUCUGUAGCUUUAAGUUGGGGUUGGCUGAGGCAUUUUUAGACCAUCUUUGGAAAAAACUGCAUGAUCCAAACAAUCCUUCAGUGAUCAGACAGACUGCUGGGAGUUACAUUGGCAGCUUCUUGGCAAGAGCUAAAUUUAUUCCAGUUGUCACUGUAAAAGCAUGUCUGGAUCUUCUGGUGAACUGGUUGCAUAAAUACAUUGAUAAUCAGGAUACAGGGGCUAACGCUUACUGUGAUGUAGCUCUCCAUGGGCCAUUUUAUUCUACGUGCCAGGCGGUGUUCUACACGCUUAUUUUCCGUCAUAAACAACUUUUGGAUGGAAACUUGAGGAAAGGUCUGUCAUACCUACAGAGUUUAAAUUUUGAGCGUAUUGUCAUGUGUCAGCUAAACCCCCUGAAGAUUUGUAUACCCUCUGUUGUGAACUUGUUUGCUGCCAUUACCAGGAAAUACCAGUUGGUGUUCUGCUACACAAUCAUUGAAAGGAACAACAGGCAGUUUAUACCAGUUGUUCGGAGUGGUGCUGGGGGUGACCUUGUGCAGACGUGCACUAACCCACUUGACAGUUUCUUCCCUUUUGAUCCCUACAUUCUCAAAAGAUCAAAGAAGACCAUUGAUCCUUUUUAUCAGUUUUGGGAAGAGCUGAGUGCUGAAGAUCUGGAGAAUCUCAAGAAACCCAUUAGAAAGGGUACUUCUGAAGAUGAGGAUGAUGACUUUUUGAAAGGAGAAACCCCUCAAAACGAUGGUGUGGUUGGAAUUGCUGCAAAUUCUUAUGAGUCAAACACCCGGAGCCCAGUGGGCAGCACUGGCUCCCCUUCAGACUGUUUUGUGCUGUACCCUCAAUGACAUGGAGAAUUGGAAGUGAAAAGGUUGAAAAUUGUGUGCAAUGUUUUGCUCUGAAAAGUGACUUUAGCUCAACUUUCCAAACUGGCAAAUGUUUAAAUAGCUACGCUUAAGAGAAUUUAUUGCUUCUUGAUCAUCAGAUUUCUAAAGAUAUGUUACAAAGAAGUCAUAUGUUGCUAGAAAAGCUUAGAGAAUAAAUAGGGUGCUACUUUACAUAUUUCACAUUGAAAUGUUUUUUAUGGCUUGGAAGGAUUUUCUAAUCAUUUUUCUUGACUCUGUUACUAAUGCUUCUCUACAAGGUUUUAUAUAUCAGGGUGAAGUUCUGGUCAUUUUUCUUAAUGCUCUGUGGCAACCAGAAUUCCAUUGCCAGUAUUGAAUCUGUACUCUGUUGACUGGUUUUGGGUUGGUUUCAAAGUAGGAUUUUCAUCCCGUGUUGUGGAAGCCGUGAAUUCAGUCUGACAGUGAUUCUUUUGCACACACCUCUUAUGUUUCUCUUGUCUGUAGAACAGUAUUUGGUAAAGCCACUUGAUAGUGGACAAUGCAUUCGGAUAAUUCAGCAUUAUUGCUCUUUACCUCUGUAGCUGACACAACUUUCCCAGCUGUGAAAGUUCAGACUUGUAAAGGUGAUUGUUGUUGAAAGUGACGAGGAUGAUGGAGUAGCUGAAUGUAUGUUUUGUAGAUAGUUUUCUUUGGGGUGCUUGUGAAGUGCUCUGAGACAGGUAUUUAUUUUCAGGUUUUGAAGUUUAUGUGUGAAUGAUGAAAAUACAAAAAAUAGCCUUCCCUCGUUGAAAGGGAGUGAUGGUGUCACAUGUCUUUGUGUUGUCCAUGUGUCAGUGUAGAGUUUCUCUGUGUAGGUUUAUUGUCUUUUCAUGGUUGGUGGCUGGUGGAAAAAAAUGUUAUUUGUGUAACAUUUAGUUGAAAAUUUUGUGCAUUUGGAACUAAACUCUAAUUGCCCUUUUUUGGAAUCUGAACUUGGAGGCUUUUAAGACAGCAUUUUUGUCCAGAUCAGUGCAAACAGUGUGAAAAACACCCUAGAAAAAAACCACAUUUCUGUGUAACUAGGCAUCCUGCUUCAAUGAAUCUGUUCAUCAUUAGAUAAAUGGAGACAAGGUUUCAUUCUAAUUUUAGUCCUCGCUGCUGUUAAUCCUGAGUAAUAAACAAUAUAUUUCCAUCUGAAAUAA